AUUGGGAAAAACGUGAAACCUUUUGGGUGUUUUAAUUAAUAAAUAGAUAAAUUUAAAUUAGUUUAGUUAACAAGUGAAUUUAUUAGUUAAAAACAAAGUUUUAGAAAUCAAACAAAAUGCAGUCGGCGAGUAAAAAAAGAGUUUGUUACUAUUAUGAUAGUGAUAUUGGCAAUUAUUACUAUGGUCAGGGUCAUCCCAUGAAGCCUCAUCGCAUACGUAUGACCCAUAAUCUCUUGUUAAAUUAUGGUUUAUAUAGAAAAAUGGAAAUUUAUCGUCCCCAUAAAGCCACAGCCGAUGAAAUGACCAAAUUCCAUUCUGAUGAAUACGUACGUUUCUUACGUUCCAUACGUCCCGACAACAUGACUGAAUACAACAAACAAAUGCAAAGAUUCAAUGUUGGCGAGGAUUGUCCCGUCUUCGAUGGUCUCUAUGAGUUCUGUCAACUUUCGGCCGGCGGUUCUGUGGCUGCUGCCGUUAAACUAAACAAACAAGCCUCUGAGAUUUGUAUUAAUUGGGGUGGAGGCUUGCAUCAUGCUAAAAAGUCCGAAGCCUCUGGUUUUUGUUAUGUCAACGACAUUGUUUUGGGCAUUUUGGAAUUGCUGAAGUAUCAUCAGCGUGUAUUGUACAUUGAUAUUGAUGUGCAUCAUGGUGAUGGUGUUGAGGAGGCAUUCUACACUACAGAUCGUGUAAUGACUGUUAGUUUCCAUAAAUAUGGUGAAUAUUUCCCCGGCACGGGAGAUUUACGUGAUAUAGGUGCUGGCAAGGGAAAAUAUUAUGCUGUUAAUAUUCCUCUGCGUGAUGGCAUGGAUGAUGAGGCCUAUGAAUCAAUAUUCCAACCUAUCAUAUCCAAGGUAAUGGAGACUUUCCAGCCAGCAGCUGUGGUGUUACAAUGUGGUGCUGAUUCGUUGACGGGCGAUCGUUUGGGUUGCUUUAAUUUGACCGUUAAGGGUCAUGGACGUUGUGUGGAUUUUGUAAAGAAAUACAAUUUACCCUUCCUGAUGGUGGGCGGUGGUGGCUAUACCAUUCGUAAUGUAUCACGUUGCUGGACAUAUGAGACCUCAGUGGCGUUGGGUGUUGAAAUUGCCAAUGAACUGCCCUAUAAUGAUUAUUUCGAAUAUUUCGGUCCUGAUUUCAAAUUACACAUCAGUCCUAGUAAUAUGACAAAUCAGAAUACCACAGAAUAUUUGGAGAAAAUUAGAAAUAGACUUUUUGAAAACUUGCGCAUGUUGCCUCAUGCCCCCGGUGUUCAAAUACAAAGCAUACCUGAGGAUGCCAUCAAUGAUGAGACAGACGAUGAAGAUAAGGCCGAUAAGGAUGAGCGCAUAACACAGGCCGACAAAGAUAAACGCAUAGUGCCCGACAAUGAAUUCUCUGAUUCAGAGGAUGAGGGCGAAGGUGGCCGCAGAGACAAUCGUUCCUAUAAGGGUCAAAGAAAACGACCACGUUUGGAAAAAGAGGGUAAAGUAACAGAGAAUUCCGAAGCUCAAGAUGAUAAAGAAAAAAUGGAUACCACAGAAAGUGAGGAACCUGCUAAAAGUGAAGAUGCCAAAAAAGAAAACAACAUAUGACGUGGUGGCCGUAAUUGGUUAUAGAAACCAAUAAAACGUACAUCGAAAUUUAAACCUAAUUUAACAUAGCGUUUAUUUUAAUUUAUUUUAAAGUUUUCGCGCUCUUUGUUGGUAUUAAAUUUUUUCAAAGGCACAACAACCAUUCUUUUUUUUUAAAUUGAUGUUUAUUUUCCAUUUUUUUUUUAAAUUAUUUUGAGAAUUUUUAAAAGUACGUUUUAUUCUAAUUCCAUACCACACACUUACAUCAACAGCUAAAUAUUUAAAAAAAAAAUACUUAAAAAGUACUUUAAACAUAACCUCAACAAAAACAAGAAAAAGAUUAACAAUAUUAAACAAAACAAAACCUAUAUUUUAAGUUAAGAUGUGUAAUAUAUAUGAAAAUAGCAUUUCCAAACUCCACCACCACCAAGCAAGCCACUCACACAAAUCAAAUCACUACUUAAAGUAAUUUUUAAUUCAAGUUUUUUUUCUUAUUGUUUUCACUUGAAACAUCUGUGUUUUCUCGACUAAUUUUUUUUAUUUAAAAACACAAAAAUGGAAACUUUCUGCAAACAAUUUCUUAGUAUUUUCUUAAAAUGGCACGUAAUUUAAGUGAAAGUAUAGAAAAAAAAAAUUAUAUAAAAUCGAGUAUAAAAAUAACUGUAUGUUCUUUAUUUAUUUUCAUAAAAUAAAAUAGAUUUCUAAAUA